CGGUAUUUGGUACAUGUCGGAGCUUACAGAAGCAGAACCCUUCCAAAACCUCUGCCGCCAAAUCCGCGGCCAGUGAGAAGAUGGAGGCCGUCCCUAUCUUCUCAAUCUCUCUUCUUCCCUGGCGGAAAUUCCCCACCACCGAAGUCUCUUUCCUCCCUUGCCGAACCCAAAGUUCCAUUGCUGUCAAAUCCCAUCUUAGAGUCACCACUGCAGCGUUAGCUGAUUCAUCUCGGCGGACCAGCGUUCGUGAUUACAGCGAGGACGAAGAUGAUGACAGUGAGGAGGAGGCCGGCGACGAUGGCAAGCUUUCCGGCCGUUUCAGAGCCAGGGGGCGACAAAAGGAAGAAGAGAAGGAUUAUGAUCGCGACCCGGAGAUUGCGGACAUAAUGGGCAGCUUCAUGGAGGAUCCCCAGAAGGCCCAAAGUCGUGUUGAGGAGAGGAUAAGGAAGAAGAGGAACAAAAUUCUGCAGACUAAAACUGGGAACGCCACUCCAAUGAAGGUUACGUUCAAAAAAUUCGAUUUCUCGAAUUCAUAUAUAUGGUUGGAGUUCUACCAUCCCCCGUUAACUAAGGAUAUCGAGUUACUUUGCGAUGCCAUUCGAUCAUGGCACAUUAUUGGGCGUCUUGGCGGAUGCAAUUCGAUGAAUAUGCAGCUGUCACAACUGCCACUGGAUAAAAGGCCUACAUAUGAUGCUAUUCAAGGAGCAAAUGUAACACCAACCACAUUCUACAAUAUUGGAGACCUAGAGAUUCAAGAAAAUUUGGCAAGAAUUUGGGUAGAUAUUGGCACUGGUGAGCCACUACUACUGGAUGUGUUGGUAAAUGCAUUGACAAACAUUAGCUCAGAUUACUUUGGCAUUAAACAAGCGGUAUUUGGUGGCCAAGAAUUUGAGGAUUGGAAAGAAGGGCUCUCAUCCGAUGAUUCUGGCUACAGCAUUCACAAGAUAUAGUCUUCUGAAUUAAUCAAUUUUUUGGGCUGAAUUUCAUGUUGUGGGCAUGGAAGGACGCUAUGGAGGUUGAAUUGAGCUGUUGAAAGUUGCAUGAACAAGCACUGAAUUGAGCAACUGAAGGAUGGAUGAACAAGCAAACAUGAAGCAUGGUCCCUGCUUCAAAAUGUUUCAAGUUAAACGACCAACUUGCUUAUUUUCUGUUGUGGCAGCGGUAGUACUUUGUAAUGCUACAGAGUUUGCAACCUAAGUACCUUUGGACCACCAUCAAUGUAUAAUGAGUCAUGUAGGUUGCCGGAAAGGAAUUCAUCUACAUGCGGGAAAGGAAUUCAAGAAAAUGGAAACUCAUAACUUGCUUGAGGAACACCUGAAGUUGUGGCUUGUAGAACCAAACUAGUUGUGCCUGAUUCUAUUGUACAAAUGGGUGAAGGCAAAUCUGUGUGUAUGUUUCAGAUAUAAUGCAAGCUGAACAAGAUUAGGACUGGGUAGUGGGUAAACAUUGAAGGAGUUUAUGGUAAGAAAAUAUUCUCUUCUUUAA